CAAUGGCGACGAGCAUGCUCUUGGGCCGGGCCACUUCAGGCAUGUGUUCUGGCACCAGCCAAACGUCCAGCUGCGCCCAUCCGCAGCGCCAGCGGCAACGCACCGGCAAGGGCUCCAGUCGCUGCCGCAGUCAACGGCGGCAUCGUACGUUGUUAGCUCAAACGGGUCGUUCGGCGACAUUUUUGCAGCGGCCAAUUCGGAGUACAUGAACCUCUGCCGCACAGCCUUCUUGCCCGGGCUGGAGCUCGACAGCCCCAUGCUGGUGGACUGCGAGCAGCUGGACUAUCCGGUCCCGGCCAACGGGCGGCUGCGCCAGCUGGAGGGCGCCGUGCUGUUCGGCCGCGUGCACACGCAGCCUGCCGCCACUGAGGCGCGUGGCGUGUCUUUGGCGGCGAUGGACUCGCCGAUCAGCGACGCGGGCACGGGCCGGACGCAGAUCUUGGAUUUUGCCGAGGCCGACAUUCGCGCUGGCCCCGCCUCCGCCGCAAAGUGUCGCCGUCCGUCUGCGCGCCCCGAAAUCAGACGCGUUGGCGAUCUGCUGUGGGCCGACGCCAGCGCUGCCGCCGGCGCCAUUGUGGCCGCUGCCACGGCGACGCCAGGGCCGCUGGUUGGCGCUGAUACCACGCAAGGCGCCGACACCAACCACUUCGAGGAGGCCUUGCCCAAUGGCAGCCCCGCUGCGCGUCUGGCUGGAAAGGCGCCCACAAAGUUUGCCACGAUAUCGGCCCUGGACCCCGUGAGUCUCCAGCUGCUUCGUUCGGCCGGCCGCGCAUCCAAAGAAGGCGCCGCUGCCGCUGCCGCCAAUGGAGCCAGCAGCGCUGCUGCAGCGACGCUGAACCCAAUGCUUCUGGCAAAGCUCGUUCGGUCGUCCCCGGACCCGCGCAGUCUUAUCUACGAUGCCUCGUCCCAGUUUGGAUCAAUGCGGUCCUUUGCGGCUCCGAACUCGGACAAUGCCGCUGCUGCGCCCUCAGAAAAGGUAAGGAAAAAUGGCGCUUGCCUUGUGUAUUACUGCUUGCGUGGCUUCAACGCCACGCCACGCCAUGCCACGCCAAGGCAAGGCAGUGAGUGUUGUUUGCUUGAAAGUGGUGGGUGGGGGAGGGACACUGUGGCCGCACUUUGAUUACGGCCAGUGCCGUGGCCAUUGUUUGCUGCUUUGCUCGCUCCCUCUAUUCCCCCAUCACCAUCACCACCAUCACCACCAUCGCCCACACCCGUCCUCGAUGCUGCACGCAGGCACGCAUGCAACCACACGUGCUGGGCAUAUGCGCCCUUGCAUCCUUCUACCACGGCGUCUUUUAUCGUCAGCAGCAGCUGCUAAA